GGAAAAGGAUUAAGGCCCGAAUCCGACUUGAUUUAUGAGGUGGGCAUAGUUUGCAGUCGGUCCUCUGGGGUUUACCGUCGCCUUCUUUUAGUGAGCAGGGAGGCGACAACGGGAAGCGGUAGACAGAUGGAAAAGGAUUAAGGCCUGAAUCCGACUUGCUUUAGGAGGCGGCCAUAGUUUGCAGUCGGUCCUCUGCAUUGACCAAAUAACAGAGCCCAGCAGGAGUCCAAUCGCCGGGCUGAUAAGAGACCUUCGCCGCGUUCUCUACGCUGUUAAGUACUAUCAUAAAAGAAAAUUGAACGUGACCUUCGACGUCCCUAACCUCGAAAGCGCCCCCCACAUUCUCUCGCCUCUUAUGCUCGCACUGGUGCUCUUUAACCCGUCUUCUGUUGCCUACUUCUCGUCUCCAAGAGUAGUAUGCGAAAAUUGAAGGGUUAGUCUCUGAAAUCUCUCCUUUACUCCUUUGGUUUAGUUGACGAUCGCCGCAUUAAUCCCCAAGUCGCAGCCGAUGCACCAAAUUGUCGGUGGAAUCGAGCAGUUCCUGGGAAAUCCUCUUGUUAAUCUGAGUCGUCGAAGCGAUGGAACUCACGGGACCGGAGCACGUCCUUGUCGAUAUAAGCUCCGACGAGGAGUAUUCCGGCCCGGACAGGUUGGUCAGCUCCUCCUUUGACUGGGUCGACGAGUUGCACGAUCGCGUGGACGAGCGGCAGGUGGAGGAAUCGGACGACGUGGUGUUCGUGGAUGAGUUCUCGGUCCCCGUGGCGAAGAGGCGGAAGCCGAAUUCUGAUUCGUAUGUUCCGGGGACGUGCGGUGGCUCGGACGGCGGCGACGACGACUGCUUGGUGCUGGAUUCUGGCCCGGAUAAGCCGGUUGCAGUCGUGCACGAUAAGGACAGUGGUGUAGAGGAGGAGGAUGACGUUCUCGUGGUCGCCGAGAAGGGGCAGUUGGCAUGCCGGGAUUACCCACAUUCACGACAUCUAUGUGCUAAUUUCCCUUUUAGCACCUCACCACAUAAAAAGUAUUGUGACCUGUGCCAUUGUUAUGUCUGUGACUCUCCAGCCCCCUGCAAUUACUGGGGCAAUGGUGAUUUAGGUACCGACCAUUGCCAUUCUACUGAUAAGGGAAGGUGGAAAUCAAUGAGACAGUCCUUCAAACAGAAGAACAUGUUGACUGUGCCGCCUCAGAAAUUCACAUCAUAUAACUCUUCUUUAAAUAUCCCACCACCUCAAGAUUCAGUACGACUACAUCAUUUCAAUCCAGUUCCUCUCAGACCAAAUUUACUCCAGCCUUGCUCAGCCACUAUCUCAAACCCAGAUGCAAUCCACCAGAGAAACCAAUAUCGACCUUCCACUCUCUCUUAUAGACAGAGACCUCUCCAGCAGCAAACCAAAUUCUACCAAUUCGUUCCUAGGGUACAACAUGUACAGAAAGAGGGUCAGCAUUCUGGUGCAUUGACCACUCAACUUAUGAAUUCUCGUUCAAGAUUUAGAAGGUCUGGGAUGGCACAAGCUGGAUUUGCUAGCAUGAAUAACCAUUCUGACAACACUAUUUCCAGUAAUAAUCAUGUUACCAGGGCUGUGCCACAGAAAUCUACUCAUGCAACAGUGACAUCACAGAUUCCUUGCCCUCCAGAAGGACAACAGAGAUCUCAGAACCUGUUGAUAAAAACAUCGGUUGUCUCAGUAGGUCAGAUGCAAACUACUGCACCAUCUCAAUUUGCACCAGCAAAACUGCAGUGUUCUGUAUGCCCUAGGUUGACAGCAGCAGAUUUUAGCCAGAAGAGUUGGCAGGAUAUAUUGGCUAGUGUGGCAUCUGAACUUGGAGUUUCGAACUGUAGCGACUCUUGCAUCAUGGACAACCAACAGGCACCUAUGCUUCCUUCUCCAUCACAACCAUGUGAUGAGUCAUUUUCUGAUAUCAAUGCAAAUGUAGAUGUUCACUCUGCUGCUGCAAUGACUACUAACCUUAGUCCAUUAGAUCAUGGCUCUAGUCUGUCUAGCAAUACAAUGUCUCAAAUUCCAGAACAUGUGGAGGGAGAAGAUCCUGACCUUGUAAGCAAUACAACCGCUGGGGAGAAUUGGCUGGAUAGUCUUUUAGCAUCCAUAGAGAAUUGAGAUAUGAUUGUAGUUCCAGUAAUAAACCAGACUUCAGAAGAGGGUCUGCUAUAUGGUCUUGGAGUCUCAUGGAGCAAUGCGAGCAUGGGUAGUGUUCGACCCACGCCUAGCUUAACUCUGUGUUUGACCCACUCCACCAGUGUAUUGUUCUGCCCAUGUAUUUGGUCUUUUAUUGGAGCAAUCAUCUCCUCUGUAUGUUUAACAGGGAUGAUUUGCUUUUAAUCUUAUCAAUUGCUAAGAAAUAAUUCCCCAAUCAUCUAGUAACGAUGAUACACAAGUCUCCAUUAUUUAAA